AUGAUCGAGCAAAAAACGAACGAUAGUACCAUCAUUAAUAAUGCUGCUAUCACCACCGAUCUUAAUAAUAAUAAUAAUACUACUACUACUACUGCUACCACUGCUGCUGCUGAUACCUCUGCCACUGAUACUACUACUGAUGGCAAUACUAGUGCUAAUGAUCGGUCCACUGUUGACAAAGCUAAUAAAAUAGGACAGUCAACUAAUAUUACAAAUACUUCUACCAGCCCUGCCCAUUCUCAGUCCCUUGUUAAAAAGACAACUACGCCUGCUGAUCCUAAUCCAUAUGAAGAAGAUGAUGAUGAAGUUAAUGUAUUAUAUAGAUACGAUCAUCCUGUAUUAAAUGACAAUCUAAUUGUUGACACCCAUAAUACUGCCCUAGCUAACUCUAACAUAGAAAAGCAAUUCAAGACUUUAGAAGAUUGGUAUGAUGUUGUUAAUGACUAUGAAUUGAAAUUCCAUUGUCCCAUUAUCCUAAAAAAUUCACACAAGAACAAGCAUUACACCUUUGCUUGUAAUAAUAAUAAAAAUUGUCCAUUUAGAGUUAUGGUUAGCUGUGUAACAACAGGUAAUGUAACCAAUGGUUUUGCUGUCAGUAGGUCUAGUAUUGAUAAUAAAGAUAUUUAUAAUAAUAGCAAUGGUAUUCCUGUUGGAGAUAAAGAGAACAAUGCUUCUAGCGCUAUUGUAAUGAAUGGAGAAGAUGAACAGGAUAAAAAAAAAGAGGAAGAGAGCGAAGAGUACCUUAAAAAUGAAAAUGAAAAUAAAAACGAAAAUGAAUCUAACAAUCAAAAUACAAAGGAAGGCUCUAAUGACGAAAAAGUAGAAGGUCACGACCUGGAGGGAGGAAAACCCACAGCGCCCGAUGUGGUUAACCAUUUUGAUGCUGAAGAAAUAGCCAGGGCAGCAGCUGAGGCGGUUGCAGUGGUUAAUAAUGAGGAUGAAAACGCUACUAAUGACAAUACAGAUACUCUGCCAAAAGAAGUAGAGGGUAUUAAUUCGAAUGUUAGUUUGAAUACUAACAUUCCUGCCGUCCCAACAUCUAAUGCUUCUUUUCCCUCGACUCUUCCCUAUAACAAUAGUAAUGCUACGGGGAUUACAAACGCGGCGCCUAGAAUUAAUGGUUAUCGUAAGAAUAAGGUUCAGCACAAUUUAACUUAUGGUCCAUUUGUUAUAACAAAAAUGGUUUUAGAACAUAAUCAUUCAAAGUCUUCUAAUUUAUCCCUUUGCGAUUUUGUAUUAACCAAAGUGUCUAGGAUUUUCCAUAGUGAAUUAAACUUAGAAAAGACUUUGGAAACAAUGUAUGAUAACACCACUGGCAACAUAAGUAAAUUUAAAGUCAACGAGUAUAUUAAAAAUGUUGGUUUAAUGAAGUAUUUGGGUGAAAGGUAUCAUUUAAGCGAAAAAGAGUUGAAUAAUCCCAAAUUUUUACAACAAAUCUCUAGAAAAUUAACCACCUUUAAGGCUAGAUUUAUUAUGAAAAAACGAAAUGCAAAUAAAGAAGCAAGUAUUGGGAGAGGGAGUGAACGUAGUUCUACUAAGAAAGGUGAUACUGUUGAAAACAGUGAUAGAAAAGAGAACGAUCGCAAUUCCAAUGGGGGUAAAAAUGAACAUGAUAAUGAUGUUUUUGAUGAAAUUAAAAAUAAGGGGGUUAGUAACAUAAUAGCGACUAAGAAAGAGGAAAUUACUAAUGACAAACGGAGCCAAAAAGAUGUUGUAAACAAUUAUAAUAAUUCGACUGGCCCUGUAACUAGUAAUGAUACUGUUACGACAAGUUCUGGAUCAAAAGAAGGGAAACCUACACACGUUUUUGACACUACCAAACGUUCAGCAGAUAUUUUUACUAGUUCUCAGUUAGAAAUGCCCACUACGAAAUUGUUUUUGAAAGAUAGUAUUAAUAAUAAAGACGGGAAUGAAAAUGGGGCCGAUGAUGCUGUUAUCUCGUCUGAACAAUUAGAACUUUUAGGGGAACAUCACCUAAAAACGCUGGCAAGCGGUACCACUGGCGCCAUCGAUGUCGAUAGUGUUGAUAUAGACGGAUCGUCUACAAAACGGAGAAAAAGAAACGACGGAUACACAUUAGAUGCUAAUAAAAAGAGGAAAAGUAAAAAUAAAGUUAAUAAUGGUAAAACUGGAAGUGGUAGUGAUAGUGGUAGCAGCAACGCAAAAAAAAAAAAAAUAAAAAUAAAAGAAAAGCCACUGAAAUUGCUAGCAAUGUUGUUAUUGGGGCUACUGGCACAACCGAAAAUAAUGCCCAAGAUGUUAAUAUUUUUGUACAACGAUAUGUGGCUGAACAAUUGGGUUUAUUGGAAUCACACGUUCAACAUCGUCAUGAUCUAUUGA